GCGGCACAGGGCCCCAUGGACUUCUACGAGGCGCACCCCUCCGGAAAGGUGGAUUUCGGCAGUAAAAGACCCGUGUUGGUUCUUCAGAAUGACUCUCUCUACUCUCAGAGGCGUCCUUACACCAGCGAAGAUGAGGCCUGGAAAACUUUUCUUGAAAAUCCCCUUACAGCAGCUACCAAAGCUAUGAUGAGCAUCAAUGGUGAUGAAGACAGUGCAGCUGCCCUCGGACUGCUGUAUGAUUACUACAAGGUUCCAAGGGAGAGGAGAUCUUCUACAGCUAAACCAGAGGUAGAACAUCCUGAUCAAGAUCAUAGCAAAAGGAACAGCAUCCCAAAUGUGACAGAACAGUCGCUCAUUUCUGCUGGAGAAAACAGAGUCCAGGUUCUGAAAAAUGUACCUUUCAAUAUUGUCCUUCCACACACACCCCAGAUGGGAAUGGACAAGAGAGGCCACCUCACAACCCCUGACACAACAGUCACUGUUUCAAUUGCCACGAUGCCCACGCAUUCCAUCAAAACAGAGACGCAGCCCCAUGGCUUUGCAGUGGGCAUCCCACCAAGCGUCUACCACCCUGAGCCCCCCGAGCGGGUGGUGGUCUUCGACAGGAACCUCAAUCCUGACCAGUUCAGUUCCAACGCCCAGCCUCAGAACUCCCAGAGGCGAACACCAGACUCCACCUUCUCAGAGACUUUCAAGGAGGGCGUGCAAGAGGUUUUCUUUCCUACUGAACUGAAUCUCCGGAUGGCCAACAUGAAUUCAGAAGAUUAUGUUUUUGACAGCAUUUCUGGGAAUAACUUUGAGUACACCCUGGAAGCCUCCAAGUCCCUCCGACAGAAGCCUGGGGACAGCACGAUGACUUACCUGAAUAAAGGUCAAUUUUACCCAAUCACGCUGAAAGAAGUCAGCAGCAGUGAAGGAAUCCAUCACCCCAUCAGUAAAGUCCGAAGUGUCAUCAUGGUUGUGUUUGCUGAAGACAAAACAAGGGAAGAUCAGCUCAGGCACUGGAAAUACUGGCACUCAAGACAGCACACAGCCAAACAAAGAUGCAUUGACAUAGCUGACUACAAGGAGAGCUUCAACACCAUCAGUAACAUCGAGGAGAUUGCGUACAACGCCAUAUCCUUCACUUGGGACAUCAAUGAGGAAGCAAAGGUUUUCAUUUCUGUGAACUGCCUCAGCACGGAUUUCUCCUCUCAGAAGGGAGUUAAAGGCCUACCCCUGAAUCUUCAGAUUGACACCUACAGCUACAAUAACAGGAGUAACAAACCUGUCCACAGAGCCUACUGCCAGAUUAAAGUCUUCUGUGACAAGGGAGCAGAGAGGAAGAUCAGGGAUGAAGAGCGAAAGCAAAGCAAAAGAAAAGGCAAGUGCACUGACCCCAGCUCUCAGUUGAAUGCCUUUUCUGAUGUCAAAGUGCCAAUGCUUCCCUCACACAAACGUACCGACAUCACCAUCUUCAAGCCCUUCAUGGAUCUGGACACUCAGCCAGUCCUUUUCAUUCCUGAUGUUCACUUUGCAAAUCUUCAGCGCGGGGGGCACGUCCUUCCUGUUGCUUCGGAAGAACUGGAGGGUGAAAGCUCCAAUUUGAAGAGAGGAGCCUACAUCGGGGAAGAGGACUUUAUUGCUACUCCGAAUAAGAUGGCCAGAAUAGAAGAACCAAAAAGAGUGUUGCUGUAUGUCCGGAAAGAGUCAGAGGAAGUCUUUGAUGCACUAAUGUUAAAGACGCCGUCUCUGAAAGGGUUAAUGGAAGCGAUAUCUGACAAGUAUGAUGUUCCUUUCGAUAAAAUAGGAAAAAUCUUCAAAAAAUGUAAAAAAGGAAUUCUGGUCAACAUGGACGAUAACAUUGUGAAACACUAUUCUAAUGAAGAUACCUUCCAGUUGCAGAUUGAAGAAGUUGGAGGAUCUUACAAGCUCACUCUCACUGAGAUCUAAGAUCAUGGAUCCUCUGUGGAUUUUAAACAAAGGUCUCCAGUGAACAUUUUCCCAUAAUUUAGGAUGUUGGGCAAAACACUAAUCACCUUCUCCAGAAGAAAGCCAGGUGUUGACUUGUUCUGGGGAGCAGAGCAGUGUUUUGGCUUAAUACGUUUGUGUUUCUGUUCUUUCCAAGGAACAUUGUAAUGCUCAUGACCUUAUUUGCACUUGAAAUGAGCGAGCAAAGAUCAGUGAUUAAAUAGAGAGCGUGUAUAAAACAUUAGUAAAUACAGGAGUGGGGUUGAAAACCCCUGGAAGGUGGCCUUUUAGAGUGGUGAUCUCUUAUUUAUCUAUUCAGUAUCCACGUUUGAGCCCGUUAUCAGCUAAUACCAUUUUUAUUGGACUGUUUUCUGCUAGGUAGAGCUGCAAAACUACUAAUUGAUACUAGUAGGAAUUGUGUGCAGGUUGGAGAAAAGUCUUUAUAAUGUUUACUCUUGAACAGGGGCAGACUGUUGAAAUCACUUGUGUCAUUUGGGGGGAAUGUAAAACUGCCUUGCUUAUGAAGAACUCGCCUUAGUAACUGUGUGAACUCUCAUCAGAUGAAGCUAUAUUGUAUAUAAGUGCAAUAUAUUUUUGAAGGUUUGUAAAUGUGUACAUACAAGUGAUAUAUAAUAUAUAUAAAAUAUGGUGUUCUGUAUAUACCGUGAAUAUAUGCAAUGAAGCCCAUCUAAAAGGAUGCCAUAUACAGAGAAAACAGAUAUUUAACGUAACUAUUUAAAAACGGACAAACCCUUACUAUGCACCAAAGGUGAGCACACUUUUGUACGUUCACAGAAGGCACAAGAGACCUGCUUGUUUAACAUGGAUCUUCCUACAUGGAAGGAAAAAGGUUCUGGCUCUCUCCUAAACCCUCCUGCACAGCAAGGCGGCGGCAGCCCUGGCUUCCCUGAUGAACUGCCAAUUUGAGCCCAGAAAUGGCUGCGUGCUGCUGCCCUGGGAGGUCAUUUGGGCCAAGUCUGAGAGCUGGGUUCCAAGAAGGAGCCGAGCAGAUGCAGUUUCCUUGAAAUCUCACUUCUUGGGGGUCAGAAAGAAGGUCUCCUGGAGGGUGGAUUUUUUUUUUAAUUUUUUUUUUUUUGUAGCAGUGUACUUAAUGCUCGGCUGAACGCUGCCCACCGCAGCAGCUCAGGCUGGAUGAGCUCGUGGGUCAAAGACAGCUUGCAAGGUUAUAGGAUGUCAACAGCUGGAAGGGCACAGGCGAGGCUUUUAAGAGAGAGGAGGGCAGUGUCCUGGCUCAGCGGGGACUAAGGGCUGCAGUCAGGUUCAGCGUUCCUGGUGUGUGUACACCACCAGGCACUGAGCCUCCCCUGAGCUGGGGAGACCAGACAGAGGGGCAGCUGGUAGCAGGUGUCCUGAGCAUACCCCCAGCUGGGAGUGCCCCAACACCUCCAGAAAAUACUGCUCUGCAAUAGAUCGUACAGUAUUUACUCAUCACGUGCAUGUGCUUAUGAAGGAAAGGCACCCUUUAGUUAGUGGCGACUGAGAGAGGAACAUUUAAACAGCAGCACUUGGCUCUGAGGCAAAAACCUGCAUUAGAGGGUGAGGAGAAGAGCGUGAGUACCAGGUCCAGUGUCGCUCGGUGCUUUUGUUAGGGAGCUGGGUAAUGAAAGAGGUGUUUAUAACAUUUUCAGACAGCACAAAGCUGGGAAGAGCUGCAGGUGCGUCACCUGGGAUGCAAAGGUCAAUCUGGAGAGGCUGGAGAAAUAGUCCAGAAAUGUAGGAUGUGAUUCUACUUAAUGGUUAACGAUUCGACUGAAAGGUUAACGGAUCAUAACCGAAUGUUGCUCAGCGGUGUCAUGCUGCUGCCUGGAAGAGGGAUGUAAAUGCCAUGUUGAGUUGAUAAACAGGAGCACGACCUGCAAGAAAUUGGAGACCUGCCUUUUGCUCUACUUGGCAUGGCCAAGGCCUCCACUGGAGCGCUCUGCCCUGUGCCAAGCCUGGCCCUUCCAGCACAGCCUGGUCCUGUCUGGUGUGCCAGAGAGACCAGACCCCCAGGUCCUCCAGGCAGAGCUCAUGGCUUGUGAGGAGGAAGGGUUGGAUGAGUUGCCAGGUGAAGAGCCAUCUUCAGAAGAGAAGGUUGAGGGGAGCAGCCUCCCAGCACUGUUCUCCUGGUCCAUCGCAAGCGCAAUGGGAAGUAGUGGGUGUAAAUUGAAGAAAUUCAGGUUAGAUGUGGAGGUGGCUUUCCCGAGUGAGAAGAGCAGGUUGCCCAGGGAGGCGGUGGAGUUUGGCAUCGAAGGUCUCUAGAGCCAGGCUGGGUGGACGUAGCUCUGGACUGUCACAGGUCUAUUUGAUUCUCCCUUGGUGCUGAGACUAGGUGACCACUUGAAGUUCCUCCCCACCAUAUUUUUUUUAAUAACUUACAUGAAACAUAGUAUUUUAGGAUCUGCGUCUGGACCAAUCCUGAGCUGGUUCAUAGAGCGCUCCAUUCCCCCUUCCUUCCUCCUCCUCCUCCUCCUCCUCCAUUGAUGGGCCCCACAGGGACUUGUCAGCACUCUGGGCACCGCGUGGUCCCCCCUUCGCUCUGUGGCUGGGGUCGAGCAAACUCCUUUGUGGAUGCUUCUGUGGCUGUGGGCACGUGGGCAGAGCCCGUGGGCUUGAAGCCAAAGGAGGGAGAGGCUGGCUCACAGCGCGCUGCUGAAGGGAUGGCCAACGUGGGCCACCCCAUAGCAGAAUCCAGAGCCCACAGAGCAGAGCAGCCAUGGGACUCGUAGCCAGCCGACCAACCCGCCGCUUGGGCUUCCCCUCACCAGUCAUGGGGAAUAAUGUUACUAUGGCAAGGGAAUUUUUUUUUUUUUCUAAACCUGAUAUAUAGAAUACAUAUAUAUAUUUACACAUUUUUAUUGAAAAUGGAAGUUUUAUUACAGAAACUCAGUCUAGGGUCAGGGAAGUAGAUUUAGAGUCUCUAUUAGAGGUAGGAUUGACAUGAACGUUUAUUUCUUUUUACUGCUUAAUGAAGUAUGUGAACUAAAUCUGACGAUUGUUUUCCACUAUAAGAUAUUCUGGGACACGGGUCUUAUAACAGUAGCAGCAAUGUCAUGUAUGUUUUAUGAAACUGAUUUUUUUGGUUUUGCCUGCUGUUUUUUAAUUGAAAAAUGUAUUUUAAGCCAAGCUAUUAAAUUUUAUAUGUUCAUUUCUAA